CACCCAUGCCUGCCCAGCUCCAGGGCAGCGGCCGUGACCGCGGCGGACCAGACUUGGAGAGGGGUACCCCCGAUGGCUGGCAUGUCACGGCGACCGCCCAGCAUGUACUGGUGUGUGGGGCCAGAGGGGUCAGCCGUGUGUCCAGAACGCGUCAUGGAGACCCAGGACGGUGCCGUGGACAUGAGCAGCAAACUGUCAGCACCAGGCUAUGAGCCCACCGCGCAGUACCCUGAGGCACGGAGUGUCCACGAUGCCUACCGGCAGGGGGACCGCAGCCGGGCUGCCCGGCUGCUCCAUGAGGCCUGCGAGCAGGGCGCGACACAGCAGCAAAAGCGGCAGCUGCUGACCGUGGCAGCGGCCCACGGAGACCUGGACGCUGUGCGGCUCCUGCUGGCCGAGCGGCAGGUGACGCUCCCCUUGGAGCCCGACGACGACAACGCGGCCGUGGUGGCGGCGCGCUUCGGACACGCGGACGUGGUGCAGGAGCUGCUGGAGUCUCUGCCAGGGCCCUGCAGCCACCAGCGCCUGCUCAACUGGAUGCUGGCUGUGGCCUGCCAAAGGGGACACCUGGGCGUGGUUAAGCUGCUGGUCGUGACCCACGGGGCUGACCCCGAGAGCUACGCCGUGAGGAAGAACGAGUUCCCCGUGAUCGAGCACCUGCCCCUGUACGCGGCCAUCAAGUCAGGGAACGAGGAUGUUGCUGUCUUCCUGCUGCGCCACGGCGCCAUGUUCUGCUCCUACGUGCUCCUCGACAGCCCCAGCGCCAGCCGGCAGCUCCUCCGAAGGUACUUCAUCGAGGCCGGCGCCUGGCCCAGCAGCUGCCCGGGGAAAGUGCCUCUGCGUGUCAGGUGGUCCCAUCUCAGGCUGCCGUGGGUGGAUCUCGACUGGUUCCUGGACCUCUCCUGCCAGAUCACCGAGCUGGACCUCUCCGCCAACUGCCUGUCCUCCCUGCCCUCCGUCAUCCCCUGGGGCCUCAUCAACCUCCAGAAGCUGAACCUCGCCGACAACCAGUUGGGGGAGUUGCCUGGCCUGCAGUCCUCGGACGAGGUCAUCUGUACCAGGCUGACGGACAUCGACGUCUCCAGCAACCGGCUGAGCUGCCUCCCACCCGGGCUGCUGCACCUCUCCAGACUCCAGAGGCUCACCGCUUCCAAGAACUACUUGGAGAGACUGUUUGAAGAGGAGAGUGCCACCAACUGGAUGGGUCUGCGGAAGCUUCAGGAGCUGGACCUCUCGGACAACAGGCUCACCCACCUCCCGGCCCACUUCCUUCAUUCGUUCAAGUCCCUCCGUUGUCUGAAUGUGUCCAGGAACCACCUGAAGGCAUUUCCGGAGGCCUGGGCCUGCCCGCUGAAAUGCUGCAGAGCAUCCCACAACGCCCUGGAGUCCCUGCCCGAGAAAAUGGCCAUUUUCUGGAAGAGCCACCUGCAAGACGUGGAUUUCUCUGAGAACGCCCUGCACGAGGUGCCCCUGGGGCUCUUCCAGCUCGAGGCCCUCGUGUCCCUGCGCUUGCAGGGGAACCAGCUGGGGGCCCUGCCACCUCCGGACAGAUGGACAUGCCGGCAACUCAAGACACUGGACCUCUCUAGAAACCACUUCGGCCAGAAUGAAGAUGGACAGAAAACGAAGCGGAUUUCUUUUUUCACCACCCGGGGGCGCCAGCGGUCGGCGACCGAGACAGCCUGUGCCCUGGAGUUCCCGGCCUUCCUCAGCGAGUCUCUGGAGGUCCUUUGUCUGAACGACAACCAGCUGGACGCUGUGCCCUCUUCUGUCUGCCUGCUCCGGAGCUUAUCCGAACUUUACUUGGGCAAUAACCCAGGCCUCCGAGAACUCCCUUUCGAGCUCGGGCAGCUCAGCAACCUCUGGCAGCUGGACACUGAGGAACUGACCAUCAGCAACGUGCCCGCGGACAUCCAGAAGGAAGGCCCCAAGGCCGUGCUGUCCUUCCUGCGGGCACAGCUGCGGAAGGCCGAGAGGUGCAAACUGGUCAAGAUGGUCAUCGUGGGGCCUCCGCGCCAGGGCAAGUCCACCCUCCUGGAGAUCCUGCAGACCGGCAGGGCCCCCCCGGCGGUGCCCAGCGAGGCCACCAUCAGGACCACCAAGUGGGAACUGCAGAGGCCAGCGGGCUCCAAAGCCAAGGUGGAGUCGGUGGAGUUCAACGUGUGGGACGUGGGGGGCCCGGCCAGCAUGGCCAUCGUCAACCAGUGCUGCUUUACCGACAAGGCGCUCUACGUGGUGGUCUGGAACCUGGCGCUGGGUGAGGAGGCCGUGGCCAGCCUGCAGUUCUGGCUGCUGAACAUCGAGGCCAAGGCGCCCAACGCGGUGGUGCUGGUGGUGGGGACACACCUGGACCUGAUCGAGACCAAGUUCCGCGUGGAGCGGAUCGCGACCCUGCGCGCAUACGUGCUGGCCAUCUGCCGCUCGCCCUCGGGCUCCCGCGCCACUGGCUUCCCCGACAUCACCUGCAAACACCUGCACGAGGUCUCCUGCAAGAGCCUGGAGGGCCAGGACGGGCUGCGGCGGCUCAUCUUCCAGGUCACCUGCGGCAUGAAGGACGUGGGCAGCCCCAUCGGCAGCCAGCGGCUGGUCGGGAGGCUGAUCCCCAGGAGCUACCUGAGCCUCCAGGAGGCCAUCCUGGCAGAGCAGCAGCGCCGCCACCUGGAGGACGAUGUGCAGUACCUGACGGACCGGCAGCUGGAGCAGCUGGUGGAGCAGACGCCCGACAACGACAUCCAAGACUACGAGGACCUGCAGUCUGCCAUCAACUUCCUCAUCGAGACGGGCACACUCCUGCACUUCCCUGACACCAGCCACGGCCUGUGCAGCCUCUACUUCCUCGACCCCGUCUGGCUGUCCGAGUGCCUGCAGCGCAUCUUCCAGAUGAGGGGCUCCCGCUCUGUGGCGAAGAACGGGGUGAUCCGGGCCGAGGACCUCCGGCUGCUGCUGGCUGGAACCGGCUUCACCCAGCAGACGGAGGAGCAGUACUUCCAGUUCCUGGCCAAGUUCGAGAUCGCCCUGCCUGUAGCCAAUGACAGCUACCUCCUGCCCCAUCUCCUCCCGUCCAAGCCGGGCUUGGACACCCACAGCCUGCAGCGCCCCGCGGACAACACCAUCCAGCGGGUCUUCAAGAUGAGCUUCGUGCCCGUGGGCUUCUGGCAGAGGUUCAUUGCCCGCAUGCUCAUCAGCCUGGCCGAGAUGGACCUGCAGCUUUUUGAGAACAAGAAGAACACGAAGAGCAGACACAGGAAAGUCAUUUACAGCUUCACGGGCAGCCAGAGGAACCGCUGCAGCACCUUCCGCGUGAAGCGGAACCAGACUAUCUACUGGCAGGAGGGGCUCCUGGUCACCUUCGAUGGGGGUUACCUCAGCGUGGAGUCCUCCGAUGUGAACUGGAAGAGGAAGAAGAGCGGCGGCAUCAAGGUUAUAUGUCAGUCAGACGUGAGGGACUUCUCAGCCAUGGCCUUCAUCACUGACCACAUCAACUUGCUUAUUGACCAGUGGUUCCCCGCCCUGACGGCCACGGAGAGCGACGGGACGCCCCUGAUGGAGCAGUACGUGCCCUGCCCGGUGUGCGAGGGUGGCCGGGUGCCACGCACGGAGCCGGGCGGGAAGGAAGACGCGGUGCAGUACUUCGACAUGGCUGACUGCGUGCUCACAGCCACCCAGCACAGCACCAUCGCCUGCCCCCGGCACCCCGACCAGCCCGUGCCCCUGCAGGAGCUGGUGCCCGAGCUCUUCAUGACAGACUUUCCCGCCAGGCUCUUCCUGGAGAACAGCAAGCUGGAGCACAGUGAGGACGAGGGCAGCGUGCUGGGCCAGGGCGGCAGCGGCACCGUCAUCUACCGGGCCCGCUACCAAGGUCAGCCAGUGGCUGUGAAGCGCUUCCAUAUCAAGAAAUUCAAGAACUUCGCCAAUGCACCUGCAGACACCGUGCUGCGGCACCUGCGCGCAGCUGACUCUAUGAAGAACUUCUCGGAGUUCCGGCAGGAGGCCAGCACGCUGCACGCCCUGCAGCACCCCUGCAUCGUGGCACUUGUCGGCAUCAGCAUCCACCCGCUCUGCUUCGCCCUGGAGCUCGCGCCGCUCGGCAGCCUCAACACCGUGCUGGCCGAGAACGCCAAGGAUUCUUCCUUCAUGCCUCUGGGGCACAUGCUCACCCACAAAAUCGCCUACCAGAUCGUCUCUGGCCUGGCUUACCUGCACAAAAAAAACAUCAUUUUCUGUGACCUGAAGUCUGACAACAUCCUGGUGUGGUCCCUGGACGUGGCCGAGCUGGUGAACAUCAAGCUGUCGGACUAUGGCAUCUCUCGACAGUCCUUCCACGAGGGCGCGCUCGGCGUGGAGGGCACACCUGGGUACCAGGCCCCUGAGAUCCGACCUCGCAUUGUCUAUGACGAGAAGGUGGACAUGUUCUCCUAUGGGAUGGUCCUCUACGAGCUGCUGUCAGGACAGCGGCCCGCACUGGGUCACCAUCAGCUGCAGAUCGCCAAGAAGCUGGCCAAGGGCAUCCGGCCGGCACUGGGGCGGCCCGAGGAGGUGCAGAGCCAGCGGCUGCAGGCGCUCAUGACCGAGUGCUGGGACACCAAACCCAAGAAGCGCCCGCUGGCCCUGUCUGUGGUCAGCCAGAUGAAGGAUCCCACCUUCGCCACGUUCAUGUACCAGCUGCCCUGCGGCAGGCAGACUGCUUUCUUCUGCUCCCCAGGCCAGGAGUACAUGGUGGUCUUCUGGGAUGGCAAGGAAGAGUCCAGAAACUACACGGUCGCGAACAUGGAGAAAGGGGUCCUGGAGGUGCAGCACAUGAGCUGUGCAGGCAUGAAGCUGAGCUGUCAGAUCAAGGUCCAGGCCUCGCUGUGGACGGCCACGGAGGACCAGAAAAUCUAUAUCUACAGCCUGAAGGGCAUGUGUCCUCUGAACACGCCCCAACGCGCUCUGGACACCCCGGCCGUCGUCACCUGCUUCCUGGCAGUGCCCGUGAUCAAAAAGAAUUCCUACCUGGUGCUGGCAGGCCUGGCCGACGGGCUCGUGGCCGUGUUCCCCGUGGCCCGCGGCGCCCCCCAGGACAGCUGCUCCUACCUGUGCUCGCACACCGCCAACCGGGCCAAGUUCGGCAUCACAGAUGACGACCCGCGGCAGAACCCCUAUCCCGUGAUGGCCAUGGAGGUGGUCAACAGUGGCACUGAGGUGUGGUACAGCAAUGGGCCCGGCCUGCUGGUGGUGGACUGUGCUGCCCUGGACAUCCGCCGGCGGCUGGAGCCCUUCACCGCGCCCUCGGCCGUCGUGGCGCUGGCCUGCAGCUCCGAGUGCCGUGGCGAGGAGGUGGUCUGGUGCCUGGAUGACAGGACCAACUGCCUGGUCAUGUACCACGCUACCAGCUACCAGCUGUGCGCCCGCUACUUCUGCGGGGACCCCAGCCCGCUCAGGGACACGUUUCCCGUGCGCCCCCUAGUUGGCCCCCAGCGCCCCCACAGCCCGGCCGCCCAGCUGCCGGAGCCGGAGGGGGGACGCAUGGCGGGCGUGAGCAUCCUGUACAGUGAGGAGCGCGGCACGCAGAUCCUCAGCCACCAGGACUCGCUCACCGACUACUGUUCCGUGUCGUCCUGCUCCUCGUCCCCUCCCCACCACACCCCCAGCCCCCCCUGCAGUCUGGCCAGUGGAGGCCACCCAGAGGGGCUGCAGGAGCCAGUGGGUGGCUCGGAACAGCCUGAACACGACCUGCUGCCAGUGGACGGGGAGGCGGUCAGCCAGCAUCUGCAGGCCACCCGGGUCCUGCCCGUGAAGGACCUCAUCUGGGUGCCCAGGCGUGGGGGUGACAUCCUCGUCAUUGGCCUGGAGAAGGAGGCCGGGGGCCAGCGGGGCCGAGUCAUCGCCGUCCUGAAAGCUCGCGAGCUGACCUCUUGUGGGGCGCUGGUGGAUGCGGCCGUCGUGGCUAAAGACAUGGUGGUGUGCGGCUUCCAGGACGAGAGCUCCGAGUGGAUCCUGGCUGUCUGGAGGGGCUGGGGUAGCAGGGACUUUGCCAUUUUCUACAGCUCCUAUGAGGAGCUGGGCCGGCUGGAGGCGUGUCCCCGCAGGAGGAGGUGACUUCCGGGACCCCAGACCGACUCGCCACUUAGCCCCUGCCUGAGGUUUGGGGUUUUCAGGUUGGGUGGCCGGGAUCCCCCCGCCACUGCCCAUUUGAAAACCGAGGGAAGGUGAGGGACGGCGCCCUGGGCUUUGCAUGGGAGGCCCAGGUUCAAGCCCCAGCACCCG